CAUUUGUCUCGAUCCCUCUCACUCAGCGGCGCGUGUGACACACCGCCGCUCACCCUUUGCUUCCCUCCGACGCCACAUCCGGCAUUCGUUACUGCCGCCGUCCGUCCCGUUAUUAAAUAAAAAAACAUUAAUAAGAGGAAGAAGAAGAAAAGGAAAUUCAAUUAAGCGGGGACUCUUUUGAUUUUUAUUUUCAUUUAUAUCUUUUUCCUCCCCAUCGUUUCAUCUCUCUCCCAAAAUUUUCCCCCUUUUCCAUUUCUCUCCACUCUGAUUAACAUGCACAAUCUCCUUUACGCCAUGCCCGCUUCCUGUUCUCCAUCUUCCUUCUCAAAACCCUCCAAAUCCUCUGCCUUCUCAAACCCUACUGCAUCGCAGACUUCCCUAUCUUCUUCCUCCUCAUCAUCUGUUCUUCUCUGCAAGCACUCUCCAUCGGCGACUCUCGACCUUCUAAUCCUGAUCCUAGUCCUCUUCGCCGGCACUUUCCUCCUCACAUCUUACUUCUCCUACAUCUUCAACUCCGUCUCCCUCCUCUUAUCUCAUUCAUCAAUCCAGGUCUCAAUCCAGCUCCCGCCGGCGUCGUACGUUUGUGGGUUCCUCGCCUUUUUCCUCUUCUCGGUCCUCUUCAUCGAGUUCUGCUGUGGGUCGAGAUCUCGCAAGUGCAACAAGCCAGGAUGCAGAGGGUUGAAGAAGGCGAUGGAGUUCGAUUUGCAGCUGCAGACCGAGGAUUGUGUCAAAUCCAAUGGCGCCAAGGAGAUCGAUAAGUUGCCGUGGAAAGGUGGGAGUGAGAGGAACCCGGAUUAUGAGUGCUUGAGGGCUGAGCUCAGGAAGAUGGCUCCCCCUAAUGGGAGGGCGGUUUUGCUCUUUAGGGCAAGGUGUGGAUGCCCCGUCGCGAAAUUGGAAGGCUGGGGACCUAAGCGAGGCCGGCGGCAUAAAAAGACUCUGGCCAACGUGGGUGCAGCAAACAGGGAUCUCCAUCGUUAA